AGGGAUUGCAAUUUGCAAGUCUAUAAUAUAUAUAAAAAAAUUUCAGAAAAAGAACUAAAAAUUCAAGCACAAGCAGUGUCACAUACUCAUCAGAAGCACAAGAAAACAUGUUCGGAGUAGUGUUCCCUAAUCGGAGCUUCCCGAUGGACAUCUCUACUUUUGCUCAAAUCGACACCUUCCACUGGAUCCUCGACAUGAACACUUUCGUUGGUGAGGCCUACGAUCAUAUUCGCGAAAUCUGCAUUUUCUUAUUGAACAACUUCACUCUACCCGCAGACAAGGCCCUCGCUGUCUACGUUCAGUCUCCAGGGUCACCAUUCGUGUUCUGCGGUGCUGUCACUCUUGCCCGGCCCUCUGCAGUCCUAUCUCUCAAUUGGCCUGAGCCAGGCGGUCAGAUGCAGUUAAUGGCGCCGGACGCUGCACCUGUGUCCGCUAAGAUAGGGGUUUCCGUGGAGGAUUUGGCAUCGCUGCCUUCUUUGGAUGUGGCGGCGGAGAAGAGAAUCGAACGGCUGGCCAUGAAAGUCGGGGAGAAUCUAUUUAAUUUCAUGCAAUCGUUUUGUGGUGUUGAUGGGAGUAAGUUGAUUGUGCCUAUGGAUAUUUUGGACCGGUGGUUCAAGAAAUUCCAAGAGAGGGCUAAGCGAGACCCUGAGUACUUGAAAGGCUUCGAAUUGUAAUCUCUUACUCGUCCUCCUCUGAAGAGCAGAAGAGAUUUUUCUGAUGCCCCAAGAUCUCUGCAACUACUGAUUCGACAAUUACUAGUCACAUCUAUAUAUGGGAAUCGAGUUUAUUGGCAAACUAUGAUAUAUGGGCACCUUGUGCUGCAGUUUCUUCUUCUUCCUUUUCCUGGUAUGAUAAUGAUGUGAUAUGUGAGUAUUUGUUUUUUGAAGCCGCCGGCUGCCUAGCACGUGUGGAACUUCCCAGAUGAGUUCUAAUUGGUUUAUUAUGGAAAGUAAUGCGUUCACUGAACAGUUUUGCAUACCCAUUACAGGAUGUGUCUGGAUUAAUGUUAAAAAGUAGUAAUUGUUUCCAUAUAAUAGCAUAUCCUUGUUCUGCGUUUCUUUCCUUCUCUGGUGAACUGGCAAGAUCUAGAUGAUGUAUCAUUUUCCAUUGCACCGUUCUAAAUAUACAAAUGACAGAGGUCUAUGCCGAAGAUGUACAACAAAGUUCCUUUGUCUUGUGGCUGUUCUCGCUAUCUAAACCUAAUCCUGACUUCAUCCUUCAAUUUCUCUAAUCGAUCAGUGAAUUCACGCAACUCGCCUAACCCCACACUUCCAAUAUCUCUGAACCACCAUUGAUCCUGAUCUCCAUCAUUUCCUUAGUCUUUCUUUUCUCUGUCUUUCCGUUUCAAAUUCAUUCACCUCUUCCCACAAAAGGCAUUGCUCGAUCAUCAUCUUUCAUGGCACUUUGGCUGCCGCAAGCAAGAUAGGGAUUCAGAACAUAAUCAACUGAUGGAUUUCCAAACGAGCAAAAUUUGCGCUGCUCUGCCGAUGAAACCAG